AACUAAUAUUAUGGGAUAUAAAACCCGAAAUGAUGUGAAAACUUCCAAUACAUGUAUAUAUAAUAAUUAAUUUGACAAAUAAAUUGCCUAUUAUUUAUUGUGUUUGCGCUCACAAUAUGAAAGCCAGUAAUAUAGCGCACAUAAUAACCGGUGCACAACCGGUGUGUCCGUCGGCCACCAGUAUAUUCCCGUGUGUUUGCAACACAAGUGAAGGUGUGUUUGAUUGCGGCAGAACUAUAUCCUCAAACUUAGUCCUCAAACAAAUAUUUCAAGAAUCUAGUCGUCAAACACACAAAAUACUUGUGUUUCAAAAGUUUGUUUUCCAGAACUCUAUUGUCGACCAAAUAGAGAGCGAAACAUUGGAUUUGUUCGCAUUCCGCGAGAUAUCGGUCGAGCGUAACGAUUAUCUCGUGUCCAUCGCUGAGAAUGCCUUCAAAAACACGUAUAACAUCACGGAUAAGGUCUCGUUCGUCGCCAAUCCGUCCAUUGGUGUUGAGCGGACACAAGUGAUGAAGUUUUUCAACGUUUUGAGUCAAUUCAAAAACGCGAGUGUUAUUCACGUCAACGAUUGCGGUCUCGAGUUUAUCCCCGAAAACGCUUUUCGACCGCUUCUUGGAGUACAAAGUCGUCUCCAGAGACUCUCAUUUGUGAACAAUCGUAUCGCAAGCGUUGGUAACAAUGCUUUCAUAAAUUUGCCAAAUAUUCACUUCUUGAGUCUUCACGACAAUCGUAUCGACACUCUUGACAAACAGUCUCUGGCGAUGAGUGAGAGCUCGUAUCACAUAUUCAUAGAUCUGAGUAAAAAUCAAUUGAAUUCGUCGUCCUUUCAAUCGCAAGCGUUGUCCGAAAUCAACCGUCCGUUUGAUCUGCAAUUGUCGGACAACACCAUCGCAUACCUCAACGAAACCCAAUUCAAACAUCUGUUCCGGCGAUCAAUUACUAUAAACUUAUGGCGAAAUCCCGUCAAUUGUAGCGAUUGUCGCAUGAAAUGGACGUCUAAUGAGAAACAGUGCGGAAAUGUUAACAAUACUAUCAGUUAUGCACAACGUAUUGACUUUCAAUGCAAGUUAUUUAAGGAUAACUUCAGGCGCUGUCAGAACGACACCUUCGCCGGUGAUGUGGAACUGCUUGACAAUCCUCUUCCUUUUUUUAAUUGA